CUGGCGGGGAGUUGCUGGAGUGCUCAGCCCAGCCACCCGGCAGUGACUUCUCCUGACUUUCCUUCCUGAGGACCCGGCUGCGAACCUCCAUGUACUCAGAGAUCCAGAGGGAACGAGCAGACAUCGGGGGUCUCAUGGCCCGGCCAGAGUACAGAGACUGGAACCCAGAGCUCAUCAAGCCCAAGAAGCUGCUGAAUCCCGUGAAGGCCUCCCGGAGUCACCAGGAGCUGCAUCGAGAGCUGCUGAUGAACCACAGAAGGGGCAUUGGCGUGGACAGCAAGCCGGAGCUGCAGCGCGUGCUGGAGCACCGCCGGAGAAACCAGCUGGUGAAGAAGAAGAAGGAGGAGCUGGAGGCCAAGCGGCUGCAGUGUCCCUUUGAGCAGGAGCUGCUCAGGCGGCAGCAGAGGCUCAACCAGCUGGAAAAAAAACCAGAAAAGGAAGAGGACCAUGCCCCGGAGUUUAUCAAAGUUCGGGAAAACCUUCGCAGAAUUGCCACACUGAGCCCUGAAGACAGAGCGCUGUAGACAGCUGUUUGGCUGUAGGCCCAGGCCGCACCCUUCCCUCCCUCUCCUCCUCCUCCAG